UAAACAGAAAGAGCGCAGAAUGGUCGAUGCGCCGUGACGUCACCCCUCCGACCACGUCAUUUUACUUCGACCUUCCAAAAUGUUUUUCACAUCGCACGAGAGGCGCAACCCAUCGAAGUUCACCGGUAUUUAGUUACAAUCCGAGCAAGCACGCGUGCGUUUGACAUCGAAAAUACCUCUUUUUUUAUUGCCACAUGUAACGCACGUGUCGUCCGGUUCCAGGAACUGCAACAAGAUUAACCUUUAAUAUGCCAGCGAGCUUAGAGUAAGGCCUACGGAAAUAGUCGGGCGGAAAAAGUAACCAUCUCAGAUUAAUUUAAACUUAUACUUAAACGACAUCGCACUGUUCCCCGCUAACAUUUUCAAAACUGCGGAAAGGUAAGCGAGGGUUUAAAUCUCGCCCGCUCCAGUCCGUCAAUCCGUGACGUGUUUUCCACGUGUCAUCUCCAUGUUUUGACUACCACCACCAACAGCAACACAGCGAACCCUGCCAACACAUAGCCGUUGCGCUUGCAAUCCCCUCUGUGUUUUUCAACAAAAUGGCUGAUUUAGGGGAUGAUACCGGAGCGAGAGCCCUACUGGCGCUCAAAUCCGCGCCUUGCAGCCCGGUGGCUGUGUCUGUCCCGCCGGUGUACACGCUUUCCUCCUCGACUUCGCACGGAGUCACAUCAUCCAUGUCCCUCUCCACUCCGUCGCAGGCCCUCGCUCGCCUGGAAGGCAGGGACUUCGAGUUCGCCAUGCGCCAAAGGACGAUCACCGUGGGGCGGAACUCGUCGCACGGCUCCGUGGAUGUCAACAUGGGCCACUCGAGCUUCAUUUCCAGGAGACAUCUGCAGAUCACCUUCGAGGAGCCGCAUUUCUACCUGCGCUGCCUCGGCAAGAACGGUGUGUUUGUCGAUGGCGUUUUCCAGAGGAGGGGCGCACCUCCGCUUCUCCUGCCGAGGGAGUGCACAUUUCGAUUUCCCAGUACGGUGAUAAAGAUUCAGUUUACGGCGCUGUAUCACAAGGAGACAGAGAAGGAGGACGCUCCCGUAUCCCCUGUGAGACACCUUUACCCUCAGAUCUCGCCGCUGAAAAUCAGCAUUCCUGAAAAUGACUUCAGAAGUAUGAUGAGUCCCCUGCCUUCACCGACGGGAACUAUUAGUGUUCCCAAUUCCUGCCCAGCGAGCCCUCGGGGUGCAGGUUCCUCAGGAUACCGCUAUGGGCGCAACAUCACCUCAGAUCUCCAGCUGGCAGCAGAGUACGCUGCCAAAGCUGUGUCAGAACAGCGCACUGAAGCCACAGGAGGAGAUAGUCCUAAGGAUGAGUCCAAACCUCCAUACUCGUACGCUCAGCUGAUAGUCCAGGCCAUCUCGUCUGCACCGGACAGACAGCUAACACUAAGUGGCAUCUACGCUCACAUCACCAAGCAUUAUCCCUACUACAGGACGGCCGACAAAGGCUGGCAGAACUCCAUUAGACACAACCUAUCUCUGAACCGCUACUUUAUUAAAGUGCCGCGCUCACAGGAAGAGCCAGGCAAAGGUUCGUUCUGGCGUGUGGACCCCUCUUCAGAGUCCAAGUUGGUGGAGCAGGCCUUCAGAAAGCGCCGACAGAGAGGAGUGUCCUGUUUCCGCACACCCUUCGGCCCUCUGUCCUCAAGGAGCGCUCCAGCAUCUCCCACCCACUCCGGCCUCCUCUCUCCACACUCAAGCGGCCUCCAGACCCCCGAGUGUCUGUCACGGGAAGGAUCACCAGUGUCUCAUGAGCAUGACUUUGGUUCUAAGCUUGCUUCUGUGCCCGAGUACCGAUACUCCCAGAGCGCACCAGGCUCUCCAGUGAGCGCUCAGCCUGUAAUCAUGGCCGUGCCACCUCAGUCCUCAGCCGCGAUACCCCAGCCUGUGGCUUACAUGCCGGCCUCCAUCAUCAGCUCCUCCCAGGCCUCUGGUCAGGCCAUCCAUGUGGUGCAGCAGGCGCCUGCUUUCACCAUGGUUCGUGUAGUGACCACCUCGACCAGCUCUCCUAAUGGCUAUAUCCUGGCUAACACCACCUCAUCAAACUCUGGAGAGGGAGCUGGAGAUCAGAGAGUCUUUCCGUCUAUGUUCUGUGUAGGUGCAGUGGAGGAGAUGCCUGUGGGUGGCAGUAGAGUUAUUCAGGCUGUAGGGAGUCACAUAAGCUCGGCCAAUAGGGGGCAGCAGAGCUACACUGUUGUCCAGCAGAGUGCCAUGCACCAGCUUCCUGUGCAGACCAUUGCGCAGAAUGGCAAACAUGCUCUUCCUGUCACCAGUGUACCAGUCAGUGCUUACGCUUUUACCAAUCCUCUUCAGAUCUUGGCUGCACAGGCUUCAACAUCCCCUCCUGUGCUGGUCAACAGGCCCUCCAGCAUGCAAACCGACGAGUCCAGCAUCGACGAGCCCGAACCCAAACGAGCCAAAAUGGAGGAGGACAGUGUCGCUCCAGUCCCUCGGGCUGUAAUUGUUGCAAUGAAUCAAGAGGCCAGCGAAUGAACGAGUGAGUGAGCGAGUGAGCCGACGACCGAUCUUUAAAGCACAUCUCGCAAUAUCCUAAAACGUAUUGAGGGAAACGUGUUUGGUUUCCUUUAAAACAAGAACUUCAAAGUUUUGUAAACGCCCGACACGGGUGACUUAUGGAAUGUCUUUGUAAGAAGAGGUUGUUGUUUCAUGGGGGUAAAUUAAUUGAGCUACAGCUGGCAGCAUUAAAAUUCAAUGCACACACAGUUUUAAUUUUGUAGGGGUUUUUAAUCUUGUGAGAAUGUUUGAAAGAAGUAUGAAGAGAGGUACAUGUGCUUAAAGACACCAGCUAGGCAUGUGCUCCCAGGUAGUUCCUCACAAGGUACAGCUGAGAGAGUUCUUCUUUUCGGGAUGGGGUGGGACCAAUACCUAUGCAGCUAUUACAGUCUGAGACCAAGAGUGUCUCUGAAUUGAAGCAGUAUAUAAACAGGAAGCUGUGCAUCACUGCAGUUACCUGUGCGGCCUUUGUGAGGAUUUAUUUAUCUCUCUGUUUAAAAGAAAAAAGGCUAUCUUUAAUGAAACAAGAUUGUUACAACUCAAAGCAGAAAUGAAUAGAUAUAAUAGAGGCCUUUUCUAGCUGGAGUCCUUUAACCUACAUUAUUAUAGUGUACAAUAUAUUUUUCUGUUGAGGAUUCUUACCUUGCUUGCUUACUACAAAGAGAAAUGUCUAGAAAUAUGCUAAUUUCUUAAUUGGUCUAUGUUUAGCACAAAAAUUAAAAAGAACUCGAUGAAUGUAAGUACUUUUUGUUUUUUUGUAAUGACUCAUGGCACCCACUUUUGACCUAAACAAUAUAUUAAACCAUUAGAAUGUGUUUGUAGAUACAUUUUUGAUGUUUUGUGUGUUUAAAAAAAAAAAAAAUUUGGAAUAACUGUAAGUUCAUCGUAUUUAAAGUAGCUCAGUCUUAUCUGUCCAUCACCUUUAAAAAGCACUUGGCCAAAAUUCUGCUCCAUGAAUACCUUAAGCAACAUAAUCCCGAUUGCAUCAGUGGAUGAAUGCAAGCACACCAUACGUUGCUGAUGUAUUUGAUGUCAACCAAAUGCUUUUCCAGACCUAGGAAUGUAACUGUUCAUAUUGAUUGUUGCAGGGGCUGUUUCUUCACUGACUGUCUGUGAUCGCUUAAUAAUCACAAGCCACUAAAUGAAUGUUCAGUAUUUUUUCUGAGAGUUCAAGAAACUUAUUUUUUAGUAAUAUACACAAAGCCAGCCUUUAAUGAGACUUUCUAGUUUUACUAAGAGAAGAGUAAAUAUAUAUUGUUCGAAUUAUUCAAAUGUGUUUUCAAGACAAUCACUAACAGGAUUCAGUAACCGCUUUGUAUGCUGCAAAUUAUACCCACCACAGAUGUGGAGUGAAGUAGUUUUACGUGAGCUUCUUCGUAUGCUAGUGUAGUCGUACAGUGUUGAUUUUGUAGUAGAAAUGGAAGCUUUAACAGACCAAAUACAUAUCUUCAACAUUAGUGCCUUAGUGAUCCACUUCUUUCAGAACUAAAUGAAAAUCAUUGUGAUGUACUACUUAAAGACAAUAACAUCAAACUGACCUGCUAAGACAUUCAUUUGUGGGUUGGACACAUCUUGUUAGAAAAAAUGAACAACAGCAUUCUGCCUGUGUAACAAAGUCUAUAGAGAUGAUAAAUCAAGUUGUGACUGGACAUGACUGAGCAAUAUGAUAAAAGAAGCGGGAAAUUAAAUCUUGCUUGUUCUUUAUUCUUUGAAACUUCUUAGAGCUCAGUGGACUCGUGCAUAAAUCAAGAGGAAUCUGUCAGUGAACAGAAAAGACUUUUGGUGGAUUUAAAAGAAUAGUUCACCCCAAAAAAUGAAAAUGCACUGACUUUCUGGUUAUCCAAGAUUUAGAGAAAUUUAGCAUUACAUCAUUUGCUCACAAAUGGAUCCUCUGUAGUGAAUGGGUGCCGUCAGAAUGAGUCUAAACAGUUGAUAAAAACAUCACAAUAAUCCACACUACUCAUGUCCAUCAAUUAAUGUCUUGUGAAGCGAAAAGUUGUGUUUGUAAGAAACAGACUUUAAACUGUUUCUUCUGGCUCUCCAUUAUAUAGUCCUAUAUACAUUAUAUUGCUUACACCAGAGAAAGUCAGCAAGUGAUGUAAUGUUAAAUUCCUCCAAAUCUGUUCCAAUGAAGAAACAAUUCAAGAAGAGGAAAUCUUGUAUUGCCUGAGGGUGAGUGCAUUCUCAGCGAAUUUUCAUUUUUGAUUUCAACUGUUCCUUUAAAAGCUUUGAAGCAAGAAUUGGAUUCAAAUGAUGCAGAUAACAAUGCAAAAACAUAGAGUUUAAUCCUAAUUAGUCUGAUUGAUUUGGGUCUUUGUUUCAUGUAUGCACGUGGGCUUCAACAAGUACAAUAAAUGUGAGAACCACUGUCCCGUUCGAAGUAUAAUUUUAUUUAAAAGGAAUAAAAUUGAGUUUUUUCUCUUGUUUUAGAUCAUUAUGGAAUAACCAGUGGAAUGGUGAAACAAACAUUAUCACUGUUAACACCUUUGUCAUACAGAAUUAGCUGUCACUGCCUGAAUAUUUUUUCAUAAUUUUUCCACAAUCUCUCAGUGUCUGUUAUCAAAUAUAACCAUGGAGUAUUUUAUCACAGAUUCAAAGAUUUUGUUUUAUAUCAUUUCUUUUUGUGCUUCUUGUGUUGUGCAUAUUAGCAUAUGCAAGUGUUUAUACACUAAACAUUUCUAAUGGAAACUGAUUGUAGGCGUUUCUUUCUCUUCUGACUCUAGUUGAAAGUUAUAAUCUGUUUGCAUUGUACACAAAACACCCCCCAAAUCAGUCUGUUUUGUGAGAUCACACCAUGCACCUGUAAAUGUCUGUAGGUUUCUCUGUUUUUUUAAUGUGUAUUCAACUACACAGUGUAUGAGGGCUUUUCUUCUGUCCAUGCAUUUUAUGCAAUGGUGUAUCUGGAACGAAUAAAAAUACUUCUCUGGCUAAUCUUUUAAAUGAA